AAUCGAGACCCUGAUGAGGCCGCGGGGGCCGUCGUGAUGGGCGCCUUGCUGCUGGGCCUGCUGCUCGCCCUAGCCGCCCCCCGCCUCGCCCUCGACCCGCUCCCGGCCGCCCUCGUCCUCGCAGGCGAUGACUGCGUGCCGCCUCCGACGGCCGCCGGCCUCCUUGCCCGCAUCAACGCCUCCGAUCGUCUGCAAUUGAAGCCUCUGGUUGACUGUCGGGAGGAAUCCGUUCUGGCCGUUCUGCUGGAGAAGGUGGUCGCCGGGCGCCUGGUUGUGGCCGCUUUGCCCGAGUCCCUGUGCCCUCUGGUCGGAGCUCUGGCCUCCGUUCGUGGAGCCAAAAUCAUUACCUGGAGCUGCCCGCACAUCGAUGCAACGCAGAGUGUGGUGGGUUUGGUGCCAGGGACGGCAGCACGCUCCUUUGCCCUCGGACGUCUGCACAAAUUGUUCAGAUGGAGGCGAGUAGCCAUCGUGGAGGCGGACGAUUCUCUGUGGGGUCGCGCGCAGGGCAAACAACUGGAGAUGGCACUUCGGGCGGAGAGAGUGGACGUUCAACUUCGCGUCAAGACGAGCAGCUUGCCAGGAGCUUUAGUGGACCUUCCUCAUGCCCAAGUCGUGAUCCUCUGCGUGCGAUUUGGCACACCUGCCUUCUCUGAGGCCGUCGCUUCCCUCACGUCUGCUCUCAUCAGCCACCCUCUCAUUGUGGCCUUUGCUCACCCUUUCGUUUUGCCCGCCUCCGCCUCGUUUUUCCAACCACCACCGGGUCUCUCCCUGCCUCAAAACAUGCUCAUUCUGGCUGCGUUCGACGACCCGCCGGCUCGAACGAAUCGCUCCGUCGCACAAACGGACCUCAACGUCUCGCAGUUCGCCCUAGUGUCUCGUUUGCACGAAGCGGCCGCCCUGCAAGCGUCGCCGGACGCCCUUUCGAUCUCCGGACUCGAAGGACAAACGGUGAAAAUGCACGCGAACGAGCGCCAGUCACACUUUCUGCUGCUGCAACCCGUCCGCAAUGAGAGCGGCGGCCAAUUGAUUUGGUGGCCCUUCGCCCAAGUGGAGCCCAACGGAACGGCCACGAUCAAGUCCACCCCGACGUGGUCCUGCUGCGAGGAGGUGGCCGCUUUUUCCCCGUGGCAAAUUGCGUGCGCCAUCGUCGCAGCCCUCGUCAUUGUCGGCGCCGCCGGCGUUGGUGCCGUUGGUCUUCGGAGGCAGCUUCUCAAGCAGAAAAUGUCCAGAGGACCGUACAAGGUCAUCCUCACCUCAGCCGACUUUGUUUUCCCUCAAGUUGGAGACAAUAGAAGGGUGGAAGCUGGAAUAGAGGCAAUGCUGUGCUGCUGGUUGCAGCACUUGCAAGAGUUUGGGGCACCAGACAUUUCCUCCUCAGAUAGACCCGACCUUCUGCAGGGUUCGGUGGCCUCUUUGAGGACCGCCGUGGCUUCAGGCCCUUCGAGUCAGGCCAGUCUGCGGCCGCCAAUCGAACGACGAGCUCGAUACAACGGCGACUUGGUUCACCUGCGUGAGCUGCAAUCAAGUCCGGGCUUUGAACUGAAAAACAAAGCACUUGACGUGCUCUUGACGCUGCACGGAUUGCGACACGAAAACGUUGCUGUUCUCAUGGGCUGUCUGGCGGACCCGAGCAGGCCAUGCCUGGUUUGGGAAUGGGCCUCGAGAGGAUCCCUGCAAGAUGUGUUGGUUCAUGACGAAAUCAAGUUGGACUGGUCUUUCAGACUGUCCCUGCUCACCGACUUGGUCAGGGGAAUGCGAUAUCUACAUGCGUCGCCUAUCAAGGUGCACGGCUACCUGAGUUCUCGAAACUGCGUCAUUGAUUCGCGCUGGGUUCUGAAAGUGACAGACUAUGGCCUGCCCUUGCUGCAGGACGCUCAGGGAUUGCAACCUGCGCAAAAGACAGCCAGGGAGCUGCUUUGGACGGCACCUGAGCUACUCAGGGAGCCGACGUUGAGGCGCAAAGGAACGCAACCUGGCGACGUGUACAGUUUCGGAAUCAUAACUCAAGAGGUAGUGCUCAGGGGUGAACCCUUUUGCACCCUGAAUCUAACCCCUGAAGAAAUUUUGGAAAAAAUUAAAAAGCCGCCUCCUAUGAUUCGGCCCUCGGUGUCCAAGGGUGCUGCUCCUCCAGAGGCCAUCAACAUCAUGAGACAGUGUUGGGCUGAAAACCCUGAGAUGAGACCAACCUUCAUCCAAAUUAAUGACUUGUUCAAGAAAUUGAACCACGGGAGGAAAGUCAACAUUGUGGACACGAUGUUCCAAAUGCUGGAAAAGUACUCCAACAACCUGGAGGAACUUAUCAGGGAGCGCACAGAGCAACUCGACAUGGAGAAACGAAAGACUGAACAGCUGCUGAACAGGAUGCUGCCAAGUUCAGUGGCUGAGAAACUCAAACUCGGCAUGCCCGUUGGACCAGAGGUGUUUCCAGAAGUGACCAUUUACUUUUCGGACAUUGUUGGCUUCACAACCAUUUCUGCCUACUCGACGCCCCUGCAAGUGGUGGAACUGCUCAACGAACUGUACACCAGUUUCGACGCCACCAUCAACGCCUACAGCGUUUAUAAAGUCGAGACGAUUGGGGACGCGUAUAUGGUGGUGGGUGGCCUGCCAGUGCGCAUCGCUGACCACGCGGCGCAAAUCGCUACUAUGGCCCUUGACCUGCUGCACCUGAGCGGAAAAUUCCGAAUCAAGCACCUGCCCAAGACGCCUUUGCGGUUGCGAAUUGGACUUCACUCAGGUUCAUGUUGUGCUGGGGUGGUCGGCUUGACAAUGCCGCGAUAUUGUCUCUUUGGGGAUACGGUCAAUACUGCCUCCAGAAUGGAAUCAACAGGUGCUGCUUGGCGUAUUCACGUGUCACAAGAAACGAGGGACCUCCUCGUUGCAGACGGUGGAUAUGAACUCGAGUUUAGGGGUAUCACGGAAAUCAAAGGGAAGGGUCCAAAGCCAACAUAUUGGCUAUCAGGGAAAGCCGGUUUCAACAAAGAACUUCCAACGCCACCUCCCUUUGAAGAGAGCCACGGUCUGGACGAGCGGCUCAUUUUGUCCUCAUUGGCGGAAGGAUCAUUAAUAAUGGAAGAAGAGGUAGAGAGUCCAUCAGGACAACCGGAUGCAUCGACAAUCCACGGUUCCGCGCCGAGUCUGAUCGAACGUGCCCCCCGUCUCAGCCAGACCACCAGUUCAGAAAGAAGGGCCCUGUGGGGCUCGCCAGAAGAAGAUUUGAGUCGCGCCUUCAACCACUAUCGCUGUCUGACGGCUGGGGGCACUCAGACAGCCGACCGCCGCCUCCGACGCCAGUUCAGUCUCGACCGCGAAGACCUGAGCACUUCGCGCCGCUCCCUGCCCAAGCAGAACUCAGCCGGGAGUCCGCCGAGGGAGCUGGAGCGCAUCGAGGAGGCGGCCAAACUCUCUCCCAGGCCUAACCAAACGACCCCCACAGACUGAGAGUCCCUGGUGGACGCUCUAGGGGCAUUUGUAUGCGAGUGGGGGUUAAAUUUCCAUGGCAAGGGUGCCAAGUUUUAGUGAUCUUCUUGUGAAAAUUAAAAAUCUGUUAAUUUAUUUUAUUUUCAAAAUAUAAUUAGGUCGUUCUAGGUGAAGAAUCGGAAACUGCCGAAAAUCUAUAUAUUAUAUAUUUUAAUACUUUUUACUGCGUCUUAAAUCUGAUCAACCCUGAACAAAAAAUAUGUCACUUGGAAGCUAGGAAAGCACAAAAGGGGCACCCUCACCGAAUAACUAACUAGUCUGACUGUGUGAUUCAUAAAAGCAAAUAAUCCAAAUAAAUAUAUAAUGAAUAUGCUGUUAGAAUCCGUAAAAUGUGUGUUGCUAGGAUUUCUAAAAAUAUGUCAAAAACUCACGAGACUCUAGACUAUUUUUGUGUUGUCGCGUUUUUUGAUAACAUAUUUUCUGUGAAGAACUUUUUCACCGCCUUACCUUGUAAGACAAAUUAGCCACAUUUAGCAGGCAGUCGUGUGAAAUGAGCCGGAAAAGUAGAUUCAGGCUGUAUACGAUUUAGUUUUCCCAUUUCUCACAUGUGACGUAAAAGAUUGUGUUGAAAUAAAUGCAAUCGAUAUAUCAAAACUUGAUCAUGCCUGCCACGAUUUAGUUGCAAAAAUCAAAACGCCCACCCAUAGUGAAACAAAUCUCUGUGGUGAUAAUCAAGAGAGCAAUACUGAAUAGUUCCUGCCCCGUCUCUCAAUGUCUCAGAGCUUUGUGUCAAAAAGAAACCACCAAUCAAACAAAUUGUGUCUG